GCCACGCUGUCUCCCUGCUUUGUAGCGAUAACUGCACGAUAGAAAGACUGUUGUAGAGUGAGACGGGAUUUUCAACGAGGUUAGAAAGUUCUCCAUCGCCGACAGACAGAGGAGAAAAAGAAAAAGGUGCUGUUUGCAGGAACAUUUUCAAUGGAUGUGAAACAGGACACCUGUGAUGUGGACGCAAAUAUUAUGGAGAAAACUGUAAAUAUUAAGGAAGAGGACUGUGAGUGGAAGUCCAUCUACCUUAAACAGGAAAGUCUGAGCAUCAAGGAGGAGGACAGUGAACUGCAGUCAGUGGGCAUUAAAAAAGAAACUGAAGAGAAAUCUGUCAGUAUUGAGACACAUAACCAUACAAAUCUGGACAGUGUAAAAGAAGACAACUGUCAUGAUGGGUGUCAAGAUGGAGUGCUGACCAGGUUAGACUCUUCUCAUAGCAGACACUGUUCAUCUCCAGAGCCUUCUAUCAAUGUGAAGUCUGAAACAUUAGAGCCUGAACCAAAGAGGGCUGUGGAAACUACAUCUGUUAGAGCUCAGAAAAAUAAGCGACCACCUUCAAAGAAAUCUGGAAAAAGAAAGAAAGAUCACUGCAGUGUGAAAUGUAGCAGAGAAUCCUCUAACAGGAGUGCUCUUCAGAGACACACAAGAGUUCACACAGGAGAGAAGCCAUAUUGCUGUAAUGAAUGUGGUAAACAGUUUUCACGUAUAACCAGUCUGAAGGACCACACAAGAGUUCACACUGGAGAGAAGCCAUAUUGCUGUAAUGAAUGUGGCAAACAGUUUUCACAUAUGAACAAUCUGAAGGACCACACAAGAGUUCACACUGGAGAGAAGCCAUAUUGCUGUAAUGAAUGUGGCAAACAGUUUUCACAUAUAAGAACUCUGAAGGACCACACAAGAGUUCACACUGGAGAGAAGCCGUAUUGCUGCAAUGAAUGUGGCAAACAGUUUUCAGAGAUGAGCAGUCUUCAGAGACACACUAGAGUUCACACUGGAGAGAAGCCAUAUUGCUGUAAUGAAUGUGGUAAACAAUUUUCACAUAUAAGCAAUCUGAAGGACCACACAAGAGUUCACACCGGAGAGAAGCCAUAUUGCUGUAAUGAAUGUGGUAAACAGUUUUCACAUAUAAGCAAUCUGAAGGACCACACAAGAGUUCACACGGGAGAGAAGCCAUAUUGCUGUAAUGAAUGUGGUAAACAGUUUUCACAGAGCGUCGGUCUUCGGAUACACACAAGAGUUCACAACCGAAUAAAAACAGUAGAAGUUCAAAAAUCAGUCCAGAAAAACAAGAACCCUUCAGGACUCGAGUGACAUUCAGUCUUGUCCUGAAAAAUAAGCAAACUAAACUAUUGUUAAGAAAUGAACCUCAAAGAGAAGCCACAUUGCUGUUUGGAACGUGGCAAACAAAUCUGUCAGAGCAGUACACUUCAGACAAGCACCAGAAUUCCCACCGGAGAGAAGUACAACUGAACUGUCCUGACUAAAGAGUGAGUUUCACUCCUGCCUGGACAGUAAGCACAUGUAACCAACUCAUAUCCAUCCUACUUAGUGUUGUUUCAAAAACUAAUCAACAUGGAGGAGACAUAGCAGUUUAUAUCCUUUUUCCUUCUCCAGAAACAAAAUAAAGAACAGGGCGUCAUACAAACGGCUUCUCACCAAAGCCCCUACAGCCUCCACCAUGCGCCUAGCUCUGUUUUCAUAAAAUACGUAUUACCUAUAGAACUAUUUACAAUAUAUUAUACACAUUUCAUCAGAAAAAAGAAAAAAAAAACACUUUACAAUAUACAUGGCCUCACACAAUAAAUAAUAGUUUAGCUUUAUAAUAUUAUACAUUUUGCUAUUUUAAUAUAACAAAAAAUUUAAACUUACAAAAUCAAAAACAAAAAAAAAUAGAAUAGGGUUUUAUACAAACAGCUUCUCUUCAAUGCUUAUUAAAUAAUAAAUCAAUUACUAAUAAUUAUAAACACAAACUAUUAAUACAAAAUCAAUAAAGUAAAAUGUAAAAUAAAAAUUUAAAUCCAAAAUAUACACAUGAUCCUGCUGUACACCACGCUGAAUUAUGUUUUAACACUGUGGCAGCGCACUAAAAGAAGACAUGCUUUUUUACAUUUUCUUUUCUUUUUGUUUGUUUACUUUUGAUAAUAAAACACAUACACAACUGUAUAUAAGAACUCAAUGGGGGGGCAAAUAACUUAUUUAACACUUGAGAAUUACCAAAUAAUACACAUUUCAAAUAAAUAGAAUAAAAGUACAAAAGGCUUGGAGUGAGAAGACUUACCUGAACAGCAUCCACCAUCGCCUGAGGGUGCCUGGCGUCUGUGAGGAGUCACAUUAAUUAGCAUCCGUACUCCAAAAUAUGUCACUAAGUUUACACAAACAAUUGCUGUUUGGAAAAUUCAUAUCUAAAUGAUACAAAAAAAUUAAAAAGACAAUACACUUUGCUACACAUAUUGCAGUACUGGAUGUGGCCAACAAUUCUCACAAAUUGGAGUCUUCUGGGCCAGAAAAAAAUUCAGACUGGGUGCCACCUCCAGAAGUGGGCUUCGUUGGAGAAGAUCUACACUGGGGGCUUUCAACCCUUUGUCAUGGCAUACCACCACAAAAAUAUAAAUGUUCUGAAAUACCUGCAUUUUAUUUUGGUGUUAAAUUGUUAAUUACUGAACUGUUGAUAC